AUGUUUUUGCCGCUGUGGGUGAUUGGUGGGUGUGGCUUGAUUGAAGGCUUGUUGAAACUGAUGUUUUGUCCUAAUAAUCCUCAAGUGUGUGGGGCUCCUAUAACUAUUUUUACUGCCUCCAAUCAAAUUGAAGCCUCCCUGAUCUGGGAUCGUAAACAUCAACUGUUUAAUAUUUAUGAUUCCAGGUCAGACUGCCUCCGAUGUAAACACAACACCACCCUGCUUUACUUUGCAACCCCUUUUUUUAUUUGGCUGAUGACAUCCUCUAAAAGCCUGAUCACAGAGGAUUGUGAACUUAAUAAUUGGUCUGAUCUCUACCAGGUUUAA